AUGAAGGUGAAUCGCUUCGUCGAGUGGUCGUAUCGACAACGAUCUACAACGUCAUCUUCACUUCCAAGAGGCGAGAAGGAACUCUUCUAUCUGCUCUACCACAAGCCUCGCGGAGUCGAAUGCACCACUGACCCUCGCAUCGCCUGCAGUUGGGUCAACCUCAUCGACCUCACACCAGUUCCUCCUCAACCCACUGCUUCAUCUUCAUCAUCUCCAUCUUCUUCAUCCUCCACUACUUCGUUUCCAUCUCACGCCAAGCAUCAGCUCAUCUCGGUCGGCCGGCUCGACAAGGACUCCGAGGGCCUGCUGCUGCUCACCACCGACAGCUCCAUCGUCAAUCCGCUCAUGCAGAGCGCCGGCGGCUACGAGAAGGAGUACGAGGUACUCCUCAACCGCCCGUUCGACUCUUCACCACCGUCAUCGUCAUCGACCACUUCGACCACUUCGACCACUUCGGCCGCCGGUGGUGGCUUCAUCGCGCGGAUGCGGCGGGGCGAGGCCAUCAGGCGCGGGACGGUGGCCAUUCUGCCGCCGGUGGCGGUGGAGCCCAUCGAGCGGCCCGACAGCAGCGAACGCGCGUCGUACCGCGGCGCGGACGAGGAGGCCGAUGCCAGCUGCCAUUUGAGCGCCAACCAACGGAUGAAGAAGGCGAGGAAGGAGCGGAAGAAGACGGCCAGGCGCAGGAGGAAGCUGGUGGAGUCUGCGACGACAAAGAACGAAGACGACGAGAAUAGCGAAGACGAAGGCGAAGACGAAAACGGUGACAAACAGAAGAAGAAGAGAAAGAGAGGCGAGAGCCACGGCGACGAGACGACAAUGUCGGACAAGAAGCGCAAGACGAGUGGCAGUGAAGAAGAAGAAGACGAUGGUGGAGACGAUCAAGAAGAAGGAGGAGAAGAAGAAGAGGACAAUGACGAAGAUGGAGGAGAGGGCACGAGGUGGUUCAGGAUUGUGCUGCGCGAGGGCAAGAAUCGACAGAUCCGGCGGAUGGUGCGGGUGUGCAGCGACCGCAACCUGAUCGUGCGGCGGCUCAUCCGCGUGCGCCUGGGCGCCCUCGGGAUGGCGGGCGUGACCGCGCCGGGCAGCUGGCGCCACCUCACCCCCGACGAAGUCGCCGCCAUCAAGCGCCAAUGUCUGCCCUCUCAGGCCUCCUCGAGCUAA